GUGAAAGUGAAAGAGCUUUAGAGAGGCACAGAUCUCAUCACACUGAGCAGAGGAUCUGCGAGCAGAGAGAGGGGCAAAUCUUAUACUAGAGGGGGCGAGGAGACUCAGCGAGGGGUAAAUGUUGUAUUAGAGGGGGUGAGAACUCACAGCGAGGGGCAGAGGGUCGUUCAUUUCCUGCGAUCUCCCUGCAAGACGCCUGAUCUCUAGAAACCGAUUAUAACAGUGACAUCGAGGCCUUUUGUCGCCAUGAUUCCCUCGACAAUCUACAAAUUAUUAUUCUUCGUUUCCCCCCUGGCGGUCAUCCUGCUUGGAGAAUUUCCUGCCUUAGAUGCCGAUCCUCUGACCUGUUGGUUGGUGGAAGAGGUGGGCUCACCCCGCAGUAUCCGUCAGACGCCCGUCCUGUUAGUGUUCGGCGAUUCCACCGGGCUGACGCCAGAACCUCCAGUGACCCCCGAGCCCGGCACCCUGGUCUUCUAUUUGUCAGACCCCUCUGGGCAGCUUCUUUCCUCAGGGUUCACUUCCUGUGAGCUGACGCGUCAUUUACCCCAGGAGGUGCCACUGAACUGGGUGCGCUCUCUGACCGAGGAGCAAGUCAGCCCCCCAUCUCUGGGUAAGGAGUGGUACACCAUGUCCAUGAGGGAUGAUAAAAAAGGGAUCGCUGUGAGCUCUGUGCUGGGACCAGCAGGGGACAAGAAGGACCAUAUGGCAGUUUCUCUAGCUGUCUAUACCUCCUCUGUGAAGGUGAAUGCCCCUCUAGGUAAGUCUCUGGCCUUGCCCUGUGGCUUAUGGCGUGGAAAGCAAAGUCGCUUUGCCGUGGAGUGGCGCCACCGUGCUCUGGGAGAUGGGAAGGUCCUCUACGCCUAUGAUGGGUGGCGCGACAGGAUUGAGGAGGAGCUCCCGGGGUAUACCAUGAACUUCUCCACCGUACAUUCCAAGGGUGACGCAUCACUUAUACUGGAGAAGGUUGAGACCUCACACGAAGGAACCUACCUCUGCAUCAUCUAUGUGCCAUACCUGAGGGCGCAGAGAGAUAUCCAUCUCCAGGUCACAGCGAAGCCUCAGAUCACCCUUCUGCCCUCCCCGCUGUUCGCCCGUCCUGGCGAGGAGGUGACCCUCUUCUGUGAGAUCUCCCACUUCCACCCUCUGGAAAUCUCUGUGGACUUCCUGGUUCAGCUUCCAGGAGAGACAAGUCCGACUCUAAUGCCUGGAACCUCCCUUUCCACUCACGGCAACAACCAAGACGGCACCUACACCAUCACCGGCUACCAGCGCUUCACAGCUAGCCCUGAGCUCCAUGGUGCCCGCUAUUCCUGCAUCGUCAACCACGCCAGUUCCACAAAAGCGAUGUCACAAAGUCAGACUCUCCAAGUUGCGGGUGUGUUGGGACCAUCUAUUGAAGACGGUAUGUACCUCUUCCUGGUCGCCCUCUUCUUGUACGGUUUUCUGAGCUACCUUCACAGGAAAUUUAAAUUGUUCUUUAGUACCUCUCGGGAAGAACCGAACGACAAACAGAAAAAGAAUAAAGGAGAGUAAAAGAACAGUCAGACUCUGAAGAACGUGCCUGAACAUUGUGUGCAUGUGUGUGUGACAAAGAGAUUUACUUAAAC